AUGGCCAGCGUUCUACCCAUUCUACUGCUGGUGGCGACGACAUCCGCCUACCGUUUCUACCAGGACGAGAUCCCAAACGGAGAUCGUCCCCACCCUUGUAAACCCAACUACUUAUGGUGGGGAGUCGGGCACGACAACCCUCUCGGGGGCGGACCAAAGAACCCAUUUGGACUGGACUUCGCUCGAUAUCAUAGUUGGACCGAGGAGUUGUGCCGCCUGGACUCGGACGGGGACGGGAUGACCAACGGUCAAGAGCUGGGUGACCCCAACUGCGUGUGGAGAAAGGGCACCUUCCCUGAAUUAUCAGACGGCAUCAGUCAUCCAGGUGUCUGUGACCCAUGGGGCAGCGAACAAUGCCGACAAGCCAACCAGGACGUCACGUGUGAAACAGGAGAGUUUGUAUGUGACGGUGUCAACAGUCAGGGUGUGAGGAACAUAACGCUGCGGUUCCCCCCUACUGUUGUCCCGCCUGAACAGACCACCUACAUGUGCUUCACAUUCGAGCUUGACAUGCUUGAAGAAGAUGCUGAGUACCAUCUGAUAGGCAGCAAACCCUUCAUCGACAACGCCAACGUCAUGCACCACCUCGUCGUCACCGGAUGUGACGCUACAAGUACCCCAUUAAGCAAGCCUGAAGUGUGUAAUAUGGCAUCGGCUGGUUGUCAAAAGACCCUGCAAGUCUGGACGCUAGGAAUGCCAGGAGAAUGCGUGUAUCCGGAGGCAGGCUUCAGAAUAGGCAAGCUGGCUGGGAUUACUAGGAUCAGCAUGCAGUUCCACUGGACGAACCCACAAAAGAGGACGGACUACAUUGACAGCUCUGGCCUAACCCUGUUCAUUACUAAGCAACUGAGACGCUACAACGCAGCAUACUUCUUGACUGGCGAGACGCGCCUGGUGAUCCCACCUGGCAUGCCCAGGGUGGUCAAGAAGUCUACCUGUUCCCCUGAAUGUACCCGGAUGAUCCUGUCUCAACCAGUACACCUUAUGACAGGCUGGAACCAUAUGCACUACCUGGGCUACCAACAGAACGUCGAACUCUUUCGCAAUGGCGAGAAACUGCGAGACUUGACUCCGGAUGAAAUUUAUAGUUACGAUAACCCAAAAGUUUACACAUACAAUCCCCCCAUUGAACUGAAACCUGGGGACAGCCUUGACACAACCUGUGUCUUCCGAUCCACGUCGAGGUCCACCACUGCCCAGUAUGGCGAAGGGACAUUCGAUGAGAUGUGUUUUGGUAUAUUCACCUUCUACCCCGCGGAAGCAAUGGAACAGCCCUCGUGCGUGACUUGGGACGAACUGGAGCUCUGCGAUUUUGACGGAACUUCAGUUAGAGGCUGCGAUGUGAUGAUGAUCAUUAACCAGUCGGAUCCGAUACGUAACCGUUUGUUUUCAAAGGUCCUUGACAACUGCAAUGCUUACGGAGGUUGUCGCACGGAGUGCCCCGCAGCCAUAGCGGAAGUACGGGAGCAUCCUUGCUUCAGAGGCCAAAUGGCAGAUUAUAUUGGAGACACGCUGCGUAUCUUCUCGUCAGGCCUGGACGUCGUCAAGUUCUUCUCUGCCAUGGAGUCCUGUGAGUGUAUGGACAAGCCCCCCACGGCCACCUGGAAGUACCCCGUGUCCGGAGCAGGCAGUCACAGAGCUGAAACCUCUUUCAGUAUUCUCCUGGCGGCGUUGCUGUACAAAAUAGCUCUCUGAAUUAAAGUAGUCCGCAGCUGUCA